UGAUCAGAGAGAGAAAGGGUGAUAUAUAUUUGGGUAUGGCUCCAUUUGGUGGUGACCUUGCAAAUAGGAGGAUAGAGGAAGGUGGGAAUUUUCUUUCUCCUCCAAGGAAUAGAGAAAGAGGGAGUCCCAUCUGAAAGGCCUUUUGAUGGAGGAGCAACUCAACCCCUUGGCUGUUACUCAUCUUCUGCAACACACACUGAGGAGCUUGUGCAUCCAUGACAACGCCCAGUGGGUUUAUGCUGUGUUCUGGAGGAUCUUGCCCAGGAACUACCCGCCACCCAAAUGGGAUUUCCAAGGAGGGCCUUAUGACAGAACCAGAGGAAACAGGAGGAAUUGGAUAUUGGUAUGGGAAGAUGGCUUCUGCAAUUUUGCCGCUUCCUCAUGCGAGCAAGCGAUGAUAGAGUCGACAGGCUGCCCGGGGAGCUCAUCAGCCUAUGGAGACUGUGAGCCUCAGAAGAUGAAGGGCCUCCAACCUGAGCUCUUCUUCAAGAUGUCACACGAGAUCUACAACUAUGGAGAAGGCAGCUUGAUUGGAAAAGUAGCCGCAGAUUACAGCCAUAAAUGGGUGUUCAAAGAGCCCCAGGAUAAUGAAAUCAAUUUGCUGUCCUCAUGGAACAAUCCUGCUGAUUCUUAUCCGAGGACUUGGGAAGCUCAGUUCCAGUCUGGCAUCAAGACAAUUGCUCUGAUUGCGGUCAGAGAAGGUGUUGUACAAUUAGGAGCUAUCAACAAGGUGAUGGAGGACUUAAGCUAUGUGGUUCUACUCCGCAAGAAGUUCAGCUACCUGGAGAGCAUCCCGGGCGUCCUCCUCCCGCACCCUUCAUCGGCGGCCUUCCCUCCUGUGAGGUUGGACGGGUGCAACGCGCCGAUGCACGGCCCGGCGAUCGCACCCCCCAUGGAGAUGUACGACCACUUCAGCCAGCAGGGGAGGAUCACGCCCUCCAUGAGCAGCCUGGAAGCUCUCCUCGCCAAGCUCCCUUCGGUGGGGCCUGCAGCGCCCAGCUCCUCCACUGGGUACUACGAGAUGCCGCCGGGCCUCGUUUCAGCUCCGACUCAGAGGCCUCCCAUGGGAGCGAUGGGAAUGGAGAGGGUGGCCAAGGAAGAGACCGAGGAGGAGGAUCAGUACGGGAACGAGAGAGGCAGGGAAAUGGGUGGGGAGAGCAGCAGCUCCAUUUCCUACUUCGUCGAUGCGACUAAACCCGGUGAGGGGUUUUGACGGCCAUGGGGGAGCACCUUGUGCAAAGAGAGAUACCGACGGUAGGUAGGUAGGUAGGUAGGCAGGUGUUCGAGACCAAGUAUCUGAGAGCUUUCCUUAUUCUACGCGCCUCCAAUCAUAUCUUGUAAGCUUUGCUAUUUACUAGGACGAGUCAGUUUAAUACGAUGGCGGAAAAUCUAAUUAAUCAAAUGGUUUGCACUUACUCCCCUCGGCGCCUGGGAAAGGACAUGGGUGUGUCGCAUUCUAGCGCUGAAGAGAUAAUGACCGUACUCAGAAAUACAUAAGCGUGAUCUUUAUCGUAUGAUUCGGGUACCCUUGUUACGGAUCUAUGCUCGAGGCACCCGAGAAGCAAGUACCUUUGAAUCAUUUCUUUAGUAUUUUCUCAAUGAUAAAAUGUGCAAAGGUGGUUUGUUCCUGUACCGCAUCAUCAUUACGAUGACAAGAAAUGCAUGAUGGGCGAUCAGAUUGUCUGAAUUGGAUAAUAAAUGGCUACAACUUGGUCUGAUCUAGAAGAGGAGAGAGAUGAAGUUUUGGAAUUUCAAUUUGAUUUCCUCAGCAGUAAUAUUAAUGCACCAUU